AUGACAAAUAAUACAAAACUUAAAGAACAGCUUGGAUAUUUGUCUCUUCUUGGAUGUAUUGUUGGUUCAACACUUUUAGCUUUACAAACCCAUGUACAAAGUCAUAAUGAUAUCUAUACAAUAAUUAAUAAAAUUAAAUCAGAAAAUGCAAUUGCUUUACAAGUUAGAGUAUAUUUAUUGCAAAUGCAUCAAGAUUUGUUUAAAAUGGCUGCUCAAUUAGAACUUCCAAUUUUGGCAUUUGGUGUUGACAGUGCUUCUCCAGAGUUUAAUGCGCAAAAAAAAAUAAUGAAAAUUUCAACAUUACAUAAACUUGAGUUUCAGGAUAACUUAUAUAAUAUUAAAUUUAGUUGUUCAAUUAUUGAAAAUGUCAGUCCUGUAAUAAGUAUUUCUGAUCCACUUCAUGCUAAAACAGAUGCACUAAAUGCAUUUUUUUCUAAUGUUGAAAAUGUUGACUGCCAAGAUGAUAGUGCUGCAUAUUGGCUAUUUUGUUCAUCAUUACUUAAACAAGUUUCUGAUCAAAAUUUUUCUGUUAAUAAAGAUAAACUAGGUUUUUUUAUUUAUUUUUAUAUAUUUGGUAAACUUAUAGAUGCAUUUCAAAAUCGAGAAAUAAAACCAUUAGAUCGAUGUUAUAUGCAUAUUGAUAAUUUGUGGCGAUGGCCCACAAAUGAAGAAAUUAAAACUGUAAUUCAUCAAGCAUUUAAACAUGCAAAAAUUUUAACCGAGAAUAUAUUAGAUAUGACAUCUAUUUCUCUUCAAUUAUAUAAUUCAUUAAUACUUGAUGAUAAAAAUAAUAGUGAUGAAAUAUUAAAUAGUAUUAAUUCCGAUCAAGAAAGUUUAGAUAAUAUUUCUAAUAUUGAAAAUCUUUUUAUUUCGAUAGCUGCAACUGAAAUUAAUAAGGACAAUUGGGAGUUACCUGAUGGUUCUUAUUUAGAUUAUAAAGAAGGACAAUCAAAUCUUUCAUUUAUUUUACAACCAGUAUUAAAUUCAUCAGCACCAAUUACAUCUGAUAUCUUGGAUAAUGAAUUAUUUAUUAAAAUAAAUGAUAUUAAUCGUGAGAAAGUAACUGUAAUAGCAUUAAUAAAAUUGUGA